AAAGGCUCCAAAACAAAAUGGAGGAGAACGAGACAAAGUCCGGUUCCGAGGAAUUGCAGGACAGUAAUUGCUCGUUCGUUUGGGAUGAAAAUUCUCAGCUGUACUUCCAUUCCAGUAGUGGAUUUUAUCACGAUCCUGUUGUCGGUUGGUAUUAUAGCAGUCGAGAUGGUUCUUAUUACAAAUUCGAAAAUGGAAGCUAUGUGCCUCUUCAGUUGAACGAGGGUGAAGAAUGUAAGACGUAUCCCGAUAAUCCUGUUAAAGGUGAACUUCGUAGUCAAGUGUGUAGUACUGGCAGCGAGGAUCACUAUUCAUUUGAGGCCGCUGAAACUGAUACUCCUACAUGCAAAGGAAGAGAUUGUGACGGACUACCAUCAGGAGAAAUAAUGGAGGUGGUUGAUGUUCAUGAGCACGAGAAUCCUCCCACAUCUUUGUGGUUAGAAGAUACGCUUAUUGAUCUUUUUUUGUCCGGUUAUUCCAAUUCAGAAGUCUUAGCCACUAAUGACAGCAUACCUCCUACGCCUUCAACAACUAAUGAUGCUAAUAACUUUCAGUCAUCAAGUGAUGGCUAUGGCGAUACUCAGAUGAUGGAAGGUGAAUGGUUCCAAGAUGAAAGCCAUGCAAUCAUGAAUUCUAGCGAAAAAGUAUCAGAUGGAGGCUGUGAUGAUACUCUGAAGAUGGAAGGUGAAUGGUUCCAAGAAGAAAAUCACACUGUAUUGAAUCCAACAGAAAAUGUAUCAGGAGGUGUGUCCACGGAUGAGGAUAACUGGAUGGCCCAGUAUGGUCAAGUCACUAAUUAUGAGGAAGCAAUGCCCAAACUCUCUGUUGUGGAUAUCUGGGACUGGUCAACGGUCUCAGAGUCGAAAACAGGAGGAAAGAGGAAGGUUAUGAAGUUGGUUGGAAGACUCGUGAAGAAGUCUGCAAAGCUUCAUCCUUCUGUCUCUUCAAAUGGCACUCUUUUUAAAACGGCCCCAAUAUCUGAAGUGCAUUUAGAUUUAGUUCGAGUUGCAACGGGGAGAAUCUACAAGUUACAUAGUCCUAGUAAGAAACAUCUGGCGGUCAUGUCAACUUUUGAUUCAUCCAACCCUACAAAAGAUUGGGGUUUUCCUGAUUUAUUAGAUAGGCCAACUGAUCUUGCUAAUAGCACGGCUGCACCUACAUUGUUAGAUAAUGUCUCCACGGCUGGAAAGUGUCCAAACCAAAAUCAAUAUAGAGACAGAGCUGCUGAGAGAAGAAUCCUUCAUGGUGGUUUCGGGGUUGGUCCUGGGCAGAAGAAUUCAGCCAUCGAUCAUGAAGAUCUUACAUCAUCACCCCCUUCCGAGACCACCGUAGUUGAAGCCUUGAAUAUUUCAUUUGGAGCCGGUAGUUAUGCACAAAAGAUCUUGAAAAGCAUGGGCUGGAAAGAGGGAGAGGGACUUGGCAACAGCAGGAAGGGGAUGGUGGAACCACUCCAAGCUAUUGGAAACGUAGGAAAUGCUGGAUUAGGAUGGCCUCAGGGAACUAAAAAGCUCGAUAUCAAGUAAUUACUUCUCAGCUAUUUGGAUCUAUCUAUAUAUCCUUUGUUUGCUAGAUGGUUCAUUCCUAUAAAUUAUGACCAUAACAAAAAAAAAAAAAUGUAACGAUAAUGUAUUAAAAUUAAAAAUUGUCCUCAAUUUUGAACUGGUAAGCAGAGCCGAGUUAAAAUGGAGUGCAAUUUACAGGAGGAAAAUAGUUGAUUAGAUGCAAAAUUAUGAAAACUAGUAUGAGGUGAUAUGGUUUCAUCAUCAUCAUCAUCAUCUCAGCUUUCGGCAUCGGUGGAUAUAAUCAUCUCGUCUUUGGGCUUCUCGGUGGGUGGGGAAACAGCUUUAUCCUCAACUAAUGGGCUCCUCGGCUGUUGUAAAGUUUCCUUCAAAGUUUCAAUCUGGCGUUCCUUCUCUGCUAGUUUCUCUUGCAGGACAAUAACCUGUAUGUAUUCCAUCAAUUAGUAAAAACGAAAAUCAUGGAUGAAUAUUGAAACCAUUAUUAACAAAUAUGUGUGACAUACCAAUUCGUUUGAUCUCUCAA